AUGACCUUAGCUACCCAGGUCCGCCCUCAGCCUCCUGCACUGCACCCGGGGCCCCCUGGACCCGCCGCUAUCCAGGCAGGUCACUGCUGCUCCCAUGGGUCACAUGAAACCAAGGAAGAAUUUGAUGCUCGCUGGGUGACGUACUUCAACAAGCCACACGUAGAUGCCUGGGAAUUGCGUAAAGGGAUGAACGCGCUGGUUAGCUAUGAUCUGGUUCCAGAACCCCAAAUCACUGAUGCUGCCUUGCGGGCAUGCAGACGGUUAAAUGAUUUUGCCAGUACAGUUCGCAUCCUAGAGGUUGUUAAGGACAAAGCAGGACCACACACUGCAGAGUGUCAUGUUACCACCGUGUGA